AUGGCAAUAAAUUUUGUUUUGUGUAAUGCAAGUCUGGAGCUGUUCCGCGAACGGUCUUCCAAGCGUCGGUCGCUCCCUCAGUCGUUCACCCUGUUGAACGAAGAGGACCACUACCGGGAAGUCGCCACUUCCAAACCUUCUGAACAGGACGCGGAUCAAGGUUUGGAGGAAGAUGAUGCCACCUUGGAUUCCGCUGCUCCCGCGGGGAAGUUCCGCCGCCGCAACUGGAAGGAUGUGCGUCCUGACAUUUUGCACUUUUGUCUACUCGCGCUUCAUGAUUCUAUCUUGAACAAGGAAGGGCGCAUGUGUAUUUGGGUUCAUACGCUGAACUCCCAAGUCUAUCGCUUCUACCCGGAAUUUCGCAUUCCUCGUACCUUCAAGGUGUUCAACAAGGUUAUGGCCAAGUACCUGCAUACCAACGCGCGCUGCCUGAAGCCUGAAGGAGACGACUCAACUGUGCUGGUUGAGCGAAUGGGCCAGCGUCUUGAGGAUUUGGGUGAGGGGGGUGUGAAGGUUGCAGUCUCCAGUCGUGGGCGUUUGCAGUCUGCCGAGGAUUUCUUCGCUGACACGGUGAAGGACGAUCUUGGCAAUUUAUGGAUCUAUAUAUCCCUGAGCCAUUACACGCCGCUGCAGGUCCCCAACGAAUCUGGGAUACUUUGCGUGGCUGACCUCCACAAAAAGUACCUGGACCGGGCAAAUAUAACCCCAGUUCAGCCAACCCAUUCUCAGGAUCUCGAAAAUGAGCUGUUAGCUGAGGAUGCAACGACAAGCAAGCCCGAACUAAGUUUCGAUCACAACAUAUCCAUCUCCACGAGCUACCCGACUGCCAUGAGCACAUGUUACAAGCUGGUGUGUGCUAUUGAGCGUGCGUUGGACAUGUAG